CCGCUCGCGGUCACGUGAUUGCUAAGAUGGCGUCGCCCUGUUCCCGGAGGCUGCUCGCUGCAGCUCUGCUGCCUUGGUGUUGCGCCGCCUGGGCCCUGGGGCAUCUGGAUCCACCUUCACCACCACCGCUGGUGAUCUGGCAUGGGAUGGGGGACAGCUGUUGUAAUCCCAUGAGCAUGGGUGCCAUUAAAAAGAUGGUUGAAAAGGAGAUACCUGGGAUUUACGUCCUGUCUCUAAAAAUUGGGAAGAACACGAUAGAGGAAAUGGAGAACAGCUUCUUCAUGAAUGUUAAUCUCCAAGUCAGCAUGGUGUGUCAGAUUCUGAAAAAGGAUCCUAAGUUGCAGCAGGGGUACAACGCUAUUGGCUUCUCCCAGGGAGGCCAGUUCCUGAGGGCAGUGGCUCAGAGAUGCCCGACACCUCCCAUGAUGACCCUGAUCUCAGUUGGGGGACAACAUCAAGGUGUCUUUGGACUACCCCGAUGCCCGGGAGAGAGUUCUCACGUCUGCGACUUCAUCAGAAAGUCGCUAAAUGCUGGUGCUUACUCCAAAGUUGUGCAAGAACGCCUGGUGCAAGCACAGUACUGGCAUGACCCCAUCAAGGAGAGUGUGUACCGAAACUGCAGCAUCUUCUUGGCAGACAUAAAUCAAGAGAGGAGUAUCAAUGAGUCCUACAAGGAGAACCUGAUGGCCCUCAAGAAGUUUGUGAUGGUGAAAUUCUUUAACGAUUCCAUUGUGGACCCUGUCGACUCUGAGUGGUUUGGAUUUUACAGAAGUGGCCAAGCUGAGAAAACCAUUCCCCUCCAGCAGACCACUCUAUACACAGAGGACCGCCUGGGAUUAAAGAAAAUGGACAAAGCAGGAAAGCUAGUGUUUCUGGCUAAGGAAGGGGACCAUCUUCAAAUAUCUCAAGAAUGGUUUACUGCCCACAUCAUACCUUUUCUUAAGUGAAGCCCCUGGCACUUUGCAGCAGAGUUCAUGAAACCACAGCUCUUCCAAGCCAUGUACACAGCCCUGAACUCUAUUCUAGCCUGCAACCAGUCCUUCUCUCCUGUUAUCAUCUAACAUGCCCUACUUGGAAAGAUCUAAGAUCUCAGUCUUAUCCUUUGCCGCCUGCUAUCACCAUAUGGUGUUGAAUUCAAGUUUAAUUAGCUAAUAACCAUGGAGGUUGUUUUACACCCUGUGAAAUGGUCAAGCUCCCUUUUAAGAAAGUAGAGUCUGCUGUUGCAGAUCAAUAAUUGUGCCUACGAGAGGUGGAAGUAAAGCAGAGAGAGACAAGCUCUGAGAGCAAAAAGCCAUACAGAUUUGGAACAAAUAAAAGCCUCUCAAGGUA